CAUCGGUCCAAGAACGAAGAAGCAACAUCCACCACGUCCCUCAUCAUAUAAGCUUCAUCCCUUAAUUAGAGCCUUUAAAUAAACCUAUAAGAAGAUUCAAAUCAAGAACAUUAUUAAAGUUUUUUCAUCCUUUUUCUCUGAUUUUCCCUCAGAUAGGUAGACUCUCUUAUUGCAUGGGUCAUGCAGUCAGUGUGAGGAAGUGCGAUUAAGCAGCGAGCAGUAAAAUGGAAGACAUAGUGUAUGCAGCACAGCGGAACAUGGGGACAAGAAUGACGUUUCAAUUUCAAGAAAGGUAUAAUUUCCAGCAAGAAAGAAUGUCUGGUGAAGCUAUACGUGUGAAGAGAGCAAGGAAGCAAAGUGUCAGCCAUGGGUUCAAAUUGGAUGGUCGUCACGUCAAGAAACAAUCACGUCUUGGACUGCCAUUGAAAGCUUCACCUGCUAAAUUCAAGGAACAAAUUCCUUCAAUUUUCGAAGAGCAAAUGCAUACAAAUUAUGUACCAGUAUAUGUGAUGCUCCCAUUAGGAGUUAUUACAAAUAAAAAUGUUUUAGAAGACAGAGUGAAACUGGAGAAACAACUGAAGAAGUUACAAGCAGCAGGUGUCGAUGGAGUUAUGGUUGACGUCUGGUGGGGCAUAGUUGAAUCCAAGGGCCCUGGACAAUAUGAUUGGUCCGCAUAUAGGACCUUGUUUCAAUUGGUUCAAAAAUGCAAAUUGAAGUUACAAGCUAUAAUGUCGUUCCACCAAUGUGGGGGAAAUGUGGGGGAUUCGGUUUUCAUCUCACUACCUAAAUGGGUUCUUGAAGUUGGAGAAAAAAAUCCUGAUAUCUUUUACACCAACUAUAAAGGUAUCAGGAAUAAAGAAUGUUUAUCCCUCGGGGUGGACAAAGAACCUGUGUUUCAUGGAAGAAGUCCGAUUGAGCUGUAUAGAGACUACAUGAAGAGCUUCAGAGAGAAUAUGGACGAGUUUCUUAAAUCUCAGCUCAUUAUAGACAUUGAGGUAGGACUUGGCCCUGCAGGAGAACUCAGAUACCCCUCUUACUCACACAAAUUGGGGUGGGUAUUUCCUGGUAUUGGAGAAUUUCAGUGCUAUGACAAAUAUCUUAAAGCUGAUUUCAAAAAGGCGGCAGCAGAGGCAGGUCAUCCUGAGUGGGAGCUACCAAAUAAUGCUGGAAAAUCGAACAAUACCCCGGAAUCUACAGAAUUUUUCAAAUCAAAUGGAACUUAUCAAACGGAGAAAGGCAUUUUUUUUCUGACAUGGUAUUCCAACAAGUUGUUAACCCAUGGUGAUGAUAUCUUGGAUGAAGCCAACAAAGUAUUCCUUGGUUACAGAGUGAAAUUAGCAGCAAAAGUUGCCGGAAUCCACUGGUGGUAUAAGACAGAAAGCCAUGCUGCAGAGCUUACUGCGGGAUAUUACAACUUAUGUGAUAGGGAUGGAUACAGACCCAUAGCAAGGAUGCUUUCCCGACACAAUGCUAUUUUAACAGAACCUAUGGAGCGAUCAAAGCCAAGGAUUCCAUUAGAGUUUCUUCUGGAAGCAACCGAACCAUUGGAGCCUUAUCCAUGGUUAAAGGAAACGGAUGCAGCCGGAACUCUGCUUCCUGGUUUUCUUCAUUACAUACUUACUACUGUUUUACGCAUACUCAAAAUAAAAGUAAACUAGAAAAGGAAUGUAAAACAAUAAUGGAAUUGACUAAUAAUGAAAAAGAAAUGGAAAGAUAAAAGGAACAGCAAGAUAUGAAAAAUGGACUGUUUUCUUCUAA